GAAUUGUCCCAGUUUUUGGGCAGCGAAACCACACGUCGUGGCGUCAGGCGCGUCUUCGGUUUGUUACAGGAGCAGUGCUUAAACAGGCGUCUAGUGCACGCCCUUCUCGAGGCUGGGGUGCGCCAGUUGUUGCCACAGCACCAGGUUCAGCUGGAUCAACUCUUUGCAAGUCAGCUCUGCCCUUCCCGAUCAGGUCGUCACUGCACAACGCAUAAAUUGCCACCACUGCCUUUCUUGUAUGCCUGA